UGUAGCUCAGUGCUACACUUUCGAUGCAAAUGAAAAGACCUAUUAGAACGACAAGCCGAACUCAGCUUAAGUGUCACAUGUCAUGACGUCACUGAAAUUGGGUUAGGUAGAAAUGGGAAAUGGUAGAGGUAGAGUCAAUCGUGAAUUAAAAAAAUUAGUAUAAUUUAAAAUUAUUGCACAGUAUAACGCAAAAUGAUGUAAGAUGUAAUCUCACUCAUAUUAAACAGAAAAAAAAUAUGAUAAAAGUUUAUGUUUGUGAAGAUCUAUCUAUAAUUAGUUCACCAAGCUUGUAAAAAAUGAAUUGAUUUUGUUAUUUUCAUUAUGUCUUACGAAAAUCAGGGAACAAGCGGAAGUUUUUCCUCUUCCGAAAAUUAUUUUAAUGAAGGUUCUCAAAAUUGGAAUAACCAUCAAAGAGACCAUCGUGUUGAUAUAUCAAAUUCUACAUUAGAGCCUACAGCAAGAGAAUUUAUUCCAGUAAGUAACCAGAAUGGUGCUAUUCGCAAAAAACCUCAAUAUCAAAAUAAGUUUAAAGCUAACAAAGAACAUAAUUGGAGAAAUAGAUAUGGAAGUGGUAGAACGUUUAAUAGUUCCAGAAGUAAUUACAACAAUAAGUCAGUUAGGGAGAAUUCAUUUGCUUCAUCUGGUUAUCAAAGAAGUGAUAAUCAAGAUAUGACUACUGAUGAACAACAAAGGUCAAAUUCAGGACACCAAAGAAACUUUUAUCAAAGGCCCUCUGAGGAUAAUGAUGUGAAUUCUGAUGCAGAUUAUUACCAAAAUGAAAAUGAAAACCAUUCAUCAGCAAGUUCAUCUAGAAAUUAUAAAAGAUAUGAUAGUGGCUAUCAAGGAAAGCCGAGAGGUAGUUACAAUGAAAAAUAUAACAAAAAUUAUGAAGAUAAGAGAAACAGUAAAGCUCUAAGACAUAAUAGUAAUUUCCCUGCUUUUAAUGACGAAUAUGGUUCAAGAAGAAACCAAACCUACAAAAAAGGAGGAUAUAACAAUUAUUUCGAUAAUAAAAAUACUCAACAGACUAAGGGAGGUGGCUCAUCUGUUAAUUGGAGAAAAGAAGAUAUAUCUUUAGAAAAAGACUUUGUUAGAAAUAUGAAAACUAGCAAAAAGAAAUUGGAUGCAGCAUCACAAAGAGAAAGAUUGGUUGAAAUGCUCAAUCGUCGCACCUUAGAAUGCCUAGUUUGUUGUGACAAAAUUAAAAAUACGGAUAAAGUUUGGUCAUGUCUGCUUUGUUAUCACAUAUUCCAUCUAAACUGUGUAGUAGAAUGGGCAAAAUCAUCAAAAAUAGAAAAUGGUUGGAGAUGCCCUGCAUGUCAAAAUGUCUGCAGUGAAGUUCCUAAAAAAUAUUGGUGUUAUUGUGGCAAAACUAUAGAACCUAGAUAUGAAUCUAGUAUAAUUCCACAUAGUUGUGGAGAGAUGUGUCUAAGAAAAGGUCGAACAUGUGAUCAUAAAUGUACUAUUCAAUGUCACCCAGGCCCUUGUCCUGAUUGUACCAAUAUGAUAUCAAAAUCGUGUGGUUGUGGGUCUACUAAACAAAUGGUAAAAUGUAGUACUGAUGUUGAUCUUGUUUGUAAUUCCACUUGUAACAAAGUAUUAGAGUGUGGACUCCACCACUGUCAGGAAAUCUGUCACCCUGGUGAUUGCCAACCUUGCAAUAAAACUAUCUUACAAGAAUGCUAUUGUGCCAAAGAAGGCAGGAAAGUACCAUGUUGUGAAAAAUAUAAAGGAGAGGUUUUUUAUUGCUGUGGAGAACCGUGUGGUAAAAUGUUGUCCUGUGGGAAUCACUAUUGCCAAAAAUUGUGUCACGAAGGACCUUGUGAGGUCUGUCCAAAAGAUGUUAAUGUUAUAACAAGCUGCCCUUGUGGGAAAACACCACUGAAUACACCUAGAUUAUCCUGUUUGGACCCCAUUCCAUGUUGUACUAAGAUAUGUGAUAAAAUGUUGAAAUGUGGUCAACCAUAUUCUCCACAUGUAUGCGAAAAUCUCUGUCAUGAAGGACCAUGUCCUCCGUGUCUUAAAACUACCGUGGUUAGAUGCAGAUGUGGUCACAUGGACAAAGAAAUACCAUGUCAAGAACUCACUACAAAAGCUGAUGGUGCCAGAUGUGAGAAGAAAUGUACAAAAAAACGUUUGUGUGGAAAACACAGAUGCAAUCAACUGUGCUGCAUAGAAAUAGACCAUGUAUGCCCUCUUCCAUGCAACCAUCUUCUCACCUGUGGACAACAUAGGUGCGAACGUACUUGCCAUUCUGGACGUUGCCCACCUUGUAUGGAAACCAGUUUUGAAGAAUUGUAUUGCGAAUGUGGUGCUAGCGUUUUGUACCCACCUAUUCCCUGUGGUACUAAACCUCCGAAUUGCAACAAGCCUUGUUCAAGGCCGAGGCCUUGUGGGCAUGAUUCCAAUCAUACUUGUCAUACAGGGCUUUGCCCUCCUUGUACCGUUCUUUGCAAGAGAUGGUGUUAUGGACACCAUGAACAAAGAUCGGCCAUUCCUUGUCACCAAGAGAACUUCAGCUGUGGUUUACCAUGUGGAAAAAAUAUGCCAUGUGGAAGACAUAAGUGUGUUAAACCAUGUCAUGAUGGGCGUUGCCCUACGCCAUGUAAACAACCUUGUACUGUACCAAGAGGAUUGUGUGGGCACCCAUGUGGCAGGCCUUGUCAUGAUCCACCUUGCCCCGAAAGCAGUUGCAAGCAAAAUGUACAAGUUACUUGUGAAUGUGGCUUACAGAAAAGCACAAGAACAUGCUUAGAAGUUGCUGAUGAAUUUCUUAACAUCCAAAUGGCCCAAUUGAAAGAGAAAAUGGGAAGCUUGUCAACCAGUUCGACCAUUGAUUUAACUGAUAUAUUGAAUGUUAAAAAAAAACCUUCAGUUUUAAAGAUAUUAGAAUGUACAGAAGAAUGUCGCGUUUUGGAAAGAAAUAGAAGACUAGCUAUAGGUUUACAAAUACGUAAUCCAGAUUUAAGUCAAAAAUUAACUCCAAGAUAUUCAGAUUUCUUAAGACAAUGGGGAAAGAAAGACCCACAUUUUUGUCAACGAGUUCAUGAUAAAUUAACGGAACUUGUUCAACUAGCCAAAAAUAGCAAACAGAAAAGUAGAUCUUACUCUUUUGAAUCCAUGAAUCGCGAUAAAAGGCAUUUCAUUCAUGAAUACUGUGAACAUUUUGGCCUUGAAAGUGCAGCAUAUGACAUGGAACCGAACAGAAACAUUGUGGCUACAGCCAUAAAGGAUAAAUCUUGGCUACCUAGUAUGAGUCUAUUGGAAUUUUUGCAGCGCGAAAACGGCCAGAGGAGAGUACCCGGACCUGUAUUGGGCAGAGGUGCAGCUGGUAAGACAGAAACAGUAUCUUUGAAGUUGCCUUCCAGAGUACAAAGGCCAAGUACACCUCCUAAUGAAAUUGUUGAUCAUUUCAGACCAUAGUUACGAAUAUUUUUACAUUUAUUUUCCAAGUUUAUAAACAUGUUGUAUUAUUGGAAGGAAUAAACAUUUUUUUUUGGUUA